CUAUAAGAAAUUACAGUGGAAUCUACUUCAUUGUGGGACAUACAUCCUCUACUUGUGCUUCAUAUAUAAUAUGAUUGCAUGAGCUUGAAAAACUUCAAUCUUUUUCAAUUACUAUAAACAUGAUAUCAGAAAAAAUUAUGGGGGUUAACAGAUUCAUCAAAAUACUGAGUGUACUGAUGUUUGUACUUUCACUAUGCAUGAAACUUACUUCAGUAUCUGCGGCUGAAGUUAGGUGCAUAGACAGGGAAAGACAAGCUCUUCUCAAGUUUAAGCAUGACCUUGUUGAUGACUAUGGCAUCCUCUCAUCUUGGGGAAGUGAAGAAGUUAAAAAGGAAUGUUGCAAAUGGAAGGGUAUCUCGUGUAGCAAGGGAACUGGUCACGUAGUUUUACUUGAUCUAAAUGUAUCUCAGUCGGUUGAUUAUUUUUAUCUGAAGGCUGCUAAGCUUAGCCUCGUACUGCUUGAGUUGCAGCAUUUGAAUUAUUUGGACCUGAGUCAUAAUGAUUUGGAGGAAGUAAAGUACCAAGAUUCUUGGGUUCCUUCAAGAAAUUAAGGUACUUGAAACUUUUACACUCAAACUUCUUUGGUGAAGUUCCUUGUGAACUUGGGAACCUUACAAACCUGCAUACUCUUGACCUUGGUUUUAACAAUUUGAGAAUCAAGAACCUUGAGUGGCUUUCUCAUCUUUCUUUUUUGUCAUAUAUUGACUUGAGUUUUGUGAACCUUAUGAAUCAAACCAGCUGGUUGCAACACAUAACAAGGUUACCUUUCCUUGAGGAACUAUAUUUGUCAUCCUGUCAACUUCCCAGCACAGUACCUUCCUUCGAUAUCUUUACUAAUUCUUCUUUACCCUAUCUGUCUAUCCUUGAUUUAUCCUUCAAUGAUCUCACUUCCUCUUUUGCAUUCCACUGGUUGUUUAACUCUAGUGCAAGUCUUACUAGCAUAGACCUCUCCUAUAAUCGAAUAAAGGGUCCUAUUCCUGAUGCCGAUGGGGAAUUGAUCUUUCUUCAGGAACUUGUUUUGAGUUACAAUGUGUUCCGAGGGAUGAUUCCAAAAUCUUUGGGGAAUUUAAGUCAUUUAUAUUCACUAGACAUGUCAUACAAUGAAUUAAACGGUCCCUUGCCAAAUUUUACCAAAAUUUCAUCCUUAAGAAAUUUGAUCCUUAACAACAAUAAGCUGAAUGGGUUUCACCCACAAAGCCUUGGGCUACCUUCAAGUCUUGAAAUGUUAGAGUUAUCUUGCAACCAAUUUAGAAGGCUACCCGAAGGUAUUGAGAAACUUUCCAAGCUCACAUCUUUUGGAAUGUCUUCAAAUUUGUUAAAUGGGUUUCACCCACAGAGCCUUGGGCUACCUUCAAGUCUUCAAAGUUUAGAGUUAUCUUACAACCAAUUUAGAAGGCUACCCGAUGGUAUUGAGAAACUUUCCAAGCUUGAAUAUUUAGGAAUGUCUUCAAAUUUGUUGGAAGGUACAAUCGCUGAAUGGUACCUCUCAAACUUAGCCAACUUACAAUUCCUGGAUUUAUCCUUCAACUCCUAGGCUUUCAACUUGAGCUCAAAUUGGAUUCCUCAUUUUCAAUUGCACACAAUACUGCUCGGCCAUUGCUAUUUGGGGCCUCAUUUUCCAAAUUGGAUUCAAACUCAGAGUACUCUUAUAGAGCUUGAUCUCUCUUUUGCUGGUAUAUCAGAUGUAUUACCUAAUUGGUUGUGGAAUAUGUCUUCUUUAAUAUACUUAGAUCUUUCUCAUAACAAUAUUAGUGGUAAAAUUUCUAAUUUGUCCUCAAACUCAAUUGUUCGUGAAAUUGUAGAUUUAAGUUAUAACAAAUUUUCAGGUCCAAUUCCAUUAUUUCUUUUUCAUUCUGGAGAAUUAAAAUUUUCCAAUAAUAUGUUUUCGGGAUCCAUUUUUCACUUAUGCACAAUUCCUGAGGCCUUCAUCAUCCUCAUGCUUGACCUCUCUGAUAACCAAUUGGAAGGAGAGCUUCCUAAUUGCUGGAUCAACAUGAGUGAAUUAGCUGUUCUAGAUUUGGCAAAUAAUAAGUUCUUAGGUAAAAUUCCCCUCACUUUGGGCAGUUUGGAUCAGCUUGAAAUAUUACACUUGCGCAACAAUAAUUUCAUUGGUGAAUUGCCUUCAACUUUGAAGAAUUGCACGAGACUAAGAACGCUUGAUGUGGGAGAAAACAAGUUAACAGGUAAUAUUCCAGCAUGGAUAGGAACACAUUUAACAAGUUUGACAGUUCUUAGCCUUCGACUUAAUGAAUUUGAUGGAAUCAUGCCUUCAACAAUUUGCCGCCUUACCAGUAUCCAUGUCUUGGACCUCUCUAGAAACAAUAUUUUAGGAAGAAUAUCACAGUGUUUAAACAAUAUUACUGCUUUGGUUCAGAAGAACAGUUCAAUUGAAAACACAGAUUCUUUGGGACAUCAGUUAUUUCACAAUCUUGGAUUGUAUGUUAACAAUGCUUUUGUUCAAUGGAAAGGACAAGAUUCAGAAUAUAAAACACUAGGACUUCUGAAAGGCAUUGAUCUUUCUGGAAAUAAGCUUUUUGGACCUAUUCCUCAAGAGUUUUCUGCUUUAAGGGGUUUAGUUUUCUUGAACUUAUCUAGAAAUCAUUUGACUGGAAAUAUCAUUUCAAACAUUGGUCAAAGGGAGACGUUAGAAUGUCUUGACUUGUCUCGAAACCAGCUUUCAGGGAAGAUACCGAAUAGCCUUGCACAUGUAAAUUUUCUCAGUGUUUUGGAUUUAUCAUACAAUAAUUUGACAGGAAAGAUUCCUUUGGGCACUCAACUACAAAGCUUCAACUCUUCUGUAUAUGCUGGUAAUAGCCAACUCUGUGGAAAGCCUCUGACGGAGUGUCCUGAAGAUAUUUUUAAUAGUUCUGUGACUGAUCACGGAAAGGGAAAUAUUUUUGAAGAAGAUGAUGUGUUUUUGACUUACGAUAUUUACAUUUGCAUGGCAUUUGGUUUCAUUACUGGAUUCUGGGUAGUUGUUAUAACUCUAUACCUCAAGCAUUCUUGGAGAUAUUCCUACUUCAACUUUUGGGAUAAUGUUGGAAACUGGAUGUACGUGACAACAACAAUCUAUGUGACAAGAUUCAAGAGAAAAUUUCAGACGUAAAGGAGCCCCUUCUGGGAAACAAGAAAGUGUUGACUAUCAUUCAAACAAUAUGUUGGCUAGAGAGGUGCAGGGACUAUGCAUGGCAAUGUUACUAUUUCUAUUCUAGUUAUCACCAUUGUCUUAUUUUCUAAGUAUUUUUAAAAAUAAUAUCAAUUCGUAAGAUCUCAAUCCAUACAAAUAACUGGCUUUGUUGUGUUUAAUCAUUGAUGUAAAAAUAAAUUUUAAUGGAGAUAGUAUAUCGCUUGAUUAA